UGCUUCCGACCGUAGUUAGUUUCAAUUCUUUGAUUAAUGGGUAUUGUAAGUCUAGGAAUCUGGAGGAGUGUUUUAGGUUGAAGAGAGAUAUGGAGGAAAGCAGAACACGUCCUGAUGUAUUUACUUACAGUGUUUUGAUCUAUGGGCUGUGCAAGGAGCUUAGGUUGGACGAUGCAAAUUUGUUGUUUGAUGAAAUGUGUGAGAGGGGUUUGGUUCCGAAUAAUGUCACUUAUACUACUUUGAUUGAUGGGCAGUGUAAGAAUGGAAGAAUUGAUUUGGCAAUGGAAGUGUAUCAGAAAAUGUUGGGGAUUGGUAUCAAACCAGAUUUAAUUACUUAUAAUACACUCAUAAAUGGCCUUUGCAAGGUAGGAGAUUUGAAAGAAGCCAGGAAGCUUGUUGAGGAGAUGAAUAUAGCAGGUUUGAAGCCUGACACGAUCACUUAUACUACGCUUAUUGAUGGAUGCUGCAAAGAAGGAGAUCUACAAUCGGCUCUAGAGAUAAGGAAGGGAAUGAUUAAACAGGGGAUUGAGCUUGACAAUGUAGCUUUCACAGCCCUUAUUUCGGGAUUGUGUAGAGAAGGAAAAACACUCGACGCUGAAAGAACGUUGAGGGAGAUGUUAAAUUCUGGCAUGAAACCUGAUGAUGCCACAUAUACAAUGAUCAUUGACGGGUUUUGCAAGAAGGGUGAUGUUAAGAUGGGUUUUAAGUUGCUCAAGGAGAUGCAGGGUGAUGGCUAUGUACCUAGUGUUGUAACCUAUAAUGCGCUUAUGAAUGGAGUAUGCAAGCUAGGACAGAUGAAAAAUGCUAAUAUGCUUUUGGAUGCUAUGAUUAAUUUAGGGGUGGCUCCAGAUGACAUUACAUACAACAUUCUAUUAGAAGGGCAUUGCAAGCAUGGAAACCCCGAGGACUUUGAUAAGCUACGGAGUGGAAAAGGGCUUGUUCUUGAUUAUGCUUCUUACACUUCGCUAGUUAGUGAAUUCAAUAAAUCUUCAAAGGAUCGCCGAAAGAGAUGAUUGGAGCAAGUUGUUGGAAAAUAGUGGUUUAAGUCAAAUUUGGUUGGUCUGGUGAUUAGGUCUUAACUUGAUUAAGGAUUUCAAAGUGACUCAAAUCAACAGAAAGGAACAAGUGACUUGAGAUACUUUCGUAUACACACUACAACAUUACAACAGAAAGCAGUUGGAAUAAAUCCUUUUCUAUCAAACUGUUGAGGGAAUCCGAAGAACUAU